GUCCUGUUGUUGUAGGUGCCCGCGGAGGUGGCGGCGGGGGGCAGUCGGAGUUCCUGGCGGCUGGCUGAGGGGGGCCUGGGGCUGGUCAUGGCGCUGAGGCCUGGCCCCGGGGGAAGAUGAAUAAAGGCUGGCUGGAGCUGGAGAGCGACCCCGGGCUCUUCACACUCCUAGUAGAGGAUUUUGGUGUUAAAGGAGUGCAAGUUGAAGAAAUCUAUGAUCUGCAGAGUAAAUGCCAAGGGCCAGUGUAUGGAUUUAUUUUCCUUUUCAAAUGGAUUGAAGAGCGCCGAUCUCGACGGAAGGUCUCUACUCUGGUAGAUGAAACAUCAGUAAUCGAUGAUGACAUUGUCAAUAACAUGUUCUUUGCUCAUCAGCUGAUUCCCAAUUCUUGUGCCACACAUGCAUUGCUGAGUGUCCUCUUGAACUGCAGCAGUGUGGAUCUGGGGCCAACUCUGAGCCGAAUGAAGGAAUUCACCAAAGGAUUUAAUCCAGAGAGCAAAGGCUAUGCUAUUGGAAAUGCCCCAGAACUGGCCAAGGCACACAACAGUCAUGCUAGGCCAGAGCCCAGGCAUUUGCCGGAAAAACAGAACGGGAUCAGUGCCGUGCGGACCAUGGAGGCUUUCCAUUUUGUCAGCUAUGUUCCCAUCAAGGGGCGUCUCUUUGAACUGGAUGGCUUGAAAGUUUAUCCCAUUGACCAUGGGCCCUGGGCAGAAGAUGAGGAAUGGACAGACAAAGCCAGGAGAGUUAUCAUGGAGAGGAUCGGACUUGCUACAGCAGGGGAGCCAUAUCAUGACAUCCGCUUUAACUUGAUGGCAGUGGUGCCUGACAGGAGGAUGAAGUAUGAAUCCAAGCUGAAUAUAUUGAAGAUGAACCGACAAACUGUAUUGGAAGCAUUGCAGCAGUUGAUCAGAGUGACUCAACCAGAGCUUGUCCACACCCAGAAAUCUCAGGAAUCCCAGCCUGCUGAGGAGCCCAAGUCAGCGAACAGCAAGACCUACACUCCACUGGAACUGGGGCGAGUGCAGUUGGGCCAAGAGAGCACUCAGACAGCAGAGCGUCCUGAAGAUUCUGGUGGCCAAGAUCAGCCUGCCUCAACCCAGAGUCCUCCAAGCAAGUCAAAGCUGGGCAGUAAGCUGCCUGUGAGCAGUAUAAAUGGGGCACUAUCAAAUCCCAGCCCAAUUGUGCAGAGGCUGCCAGCUUUCCUGGAUAAUCACAACUAUGCCAAGUCACCCAUGCAAGAGGAAGAGGACCUUGCAGCAGGAGUGGGCCGGAGCAGGGUCCCUGUACGGCAGCCCCAGCAGUACUCUGAUGAUGAGGAUGAUUACGAUGAGGAAGAGGAAGAGGAAGUGUGCAAUGCCAAUGCUGCCAUGAGUUACAAGAGGAAGGCCCAGGUGAAGCAGGAUCACCUAGUGGGGAGUGUAGAUGGCCAGCUGUCCAUACUACAGCCGAACACCAUCAAUGUUCUUGCUGAGAAGCUCAAGGAAACACAGAAGGACCUCUCCAUUCCUCUGUCUAUCAAGACCAGCAGUGGAGGCACUGCAGUCGCUGCUGUUUCCCAGUCCCAGCCCUCCCCUACGCCCAGCAACGAGAGCACGGACACUGCUUCAGAGAUUGGAAGUGCCUUCAAUUCCCCACUCCGCUCCCCCAUCCGCUCAGCCAAUCCCACUCGUCCCUCCAGCCCCGUCACCUCCCACAUCUCCAAGGUGUUGUUUGGGGAAGAGGACAGCCUGCUGCGGGUGGACUGUAUACGCUACAAUCGGGCUGUGAGGGAUUUGGGGCCCCUCAUCAGCACAGGCUUGCUGCACCUCACAGAGGAUGGUGUUUUCAGCCCACUUACUAUCACAGAUGCAGGGAAAAGCACCGGUCCUUCAAGCAAAUCAAGUGAAGAGGUUCAGUCCACUGUAAAACUAGAAGAGAGGGAUUCAAAUGAGCCGCAUGACAGCAAGGAGAAGGCUGGAAUUGGCAGGUCUAAUGAUCCCUCCGGUGGGGAAAAAUACUCUCCUAAAGAACUGCUGGCGCUGUUGAAGUGUGUGGAGGCUGAAAUUGCUAAUUAUGAAGCCUGUUUAAAGGAGGAAGUAGAGAAAAGGAAGAAGUUCAAGAUUGAUGACCAGAGAAGAACUCAUAAUUAUGAUGAAUUCAUUUGCACCUUUAUCUCCAUGCUGGCACAAGAAGGCAUGUUGGCAAGCCUUGUCGAGCAGAACAUCUCUGUACGUAGACGGCAAGGGGUCAGCAUAGGACGGCUCCACAAACAACGGAAGCCUGACCGGCGGAAACGUUCCCGACCUUACAAAGCCAAACGUCAAUAACAUCAACCUUUGGACAGCCCUUGGCGUGCUCCGCUUGCCACUUUGGUGACCUGGCGCACUUUUCAGGCACUUCCCUGGCAGUUGGGCAGUGCUCUGGAGAGGCGCUUUGCACUGAACUUCUCUGUUCAAAUCAUCAGUGUUAGUGUCAUGUUACACACAAACCCGCUUGUGUUCAUCUGGGCUUUAGUGUUGCCCCACUGGUGGUUGCAACAUGGGCAUUCCUGCAGCGUAAGGACCAGGAUCACUCGAGAGACCUCUUGGCACGGCACUGCUCCGUGUCCUGAAUCCCUCUGCAGUAUAUUUUGCAGUUGCCGAUGGCAUUCUCAGUGGCUUUGUAUAGACCUUAGAAAGGGACAGGCCAAAUCUCUGCUCUCUUGAGGAGCACUGCAGCCAGAAUUGUUUCAGUGUUGGGUUCAGUUUUCCCAGAGAGUAGGAAUUAGCUGUGUACUGUUCCUUUCAGUGCUUUGGCUCUGUACACUUCAUGGAGGCACAUAUCUAUUUUCUGUAUUAAAAUGUGUAUAUAUUUUCUCUCCUGAGCUAUAUUAUUAUUGUUGUAAUAGGCUGCAGCUGGUCACAGACCUGAAUCCAUUGAGCAGGCCACAUGCAAGUUGGGUUUCUUUGCAGCAGGUCUUCAAAGUCAGUAUCAGCCCUGUUCACUUUUCUCCUGGUGGUUUCUCCAUUGUUGCUGGAGCAGGGAGGGGAGUUUCCAUGCUGGGCUGUGUAUGUGCCAGGUAAGGCCUUGUGCUGUGAGGACACAGUGUUACAUGCAGGGUAUAGUGGUGUAGGACUGGGGUGGGCAACCUAUUUCUUUUACUUGAAUGCCAAGCUCCAGUAACCAGAGUGAAGUGCAGAAGUCAGAAUUAGAAUUCAAGGACAUGGUGCUGCUGAGCACAUUCUCAGCCUCAGAUUUUGAUUUCAAAGUCAGAACAGAACUGGCCAUUCAGAAAUUUUAUUCCCAUUUACCUCAGGCUUUCUUGAUUUCAGCAGCUGACUUUAGAUGGGGAAAAGGGCAUUUGGUUAUUAUUAAAUGAUUGUAAAUCAGAACGAAACACUUUCCCCUCUGCUGCAACUCACUCUGACCAGUGGAUAUCAAUCUGCCUUCUCCCCACUCCUGAUGUAGGCCUUGCAACAUGAUUAUGCUUCUUGAUAUGCUGUCUAUGUGGAUGCUAUGAACACAACAUGAUCUGAAUAAUGGCAGCUUUUCAGAUGAUUUCCCUCUUCUGAGCUAGAGGUUGGUAAGCUCUAGUUUCAGCUUCUCUUGGAAAGCUGCUUGUCUUUGCUAAGUUGCUGAAGAAAACCACCUUUUAAAGAAGUUAAAUAAUGCUAGACUGAAGUUGCUGUUAAUUGCAUGAUAUGCCCCAUGGCAGUCGUGGGCAACCUGUAGCAUGCCAGCUAUUGUUAGAUUGCAAUUCCUAUCAUUCCUAGGCACCAUAACCAGUGAUGAGGGAUGAUGGGAGUUGCAGUUGCUGGCCUGCCCAGGAGUAGAGCUAAAGGGACAAGUGCAUGCACUUACAAUGCCUUGCAGAAAUAUUCCACACACACACACCCUUUGACUUUCCCACAUCUCAUGUUACAACCUGGACUUGAAACAGAUUGAAUUGGCAUCGGCAGCACUUAAUAUACAGCUCUGGGGGGGGGUGUGCCAUUUUGUACUUUGAGACAAAACUGGCAAUUGUUGGUUGUAUAAGGAUUCACCCCAACCCCCCAAGUCAGUACCCAGGGGAACCACUUUUGGCAGCAAGUACAAUUGUGAAGCUUUUUUGGGUAAGCCUCUGUAAGCUUUGCUCAUCUAAACCAAACAGUGUUUAGGCAUAUUUCCAGCUCUUAAGUUGGACUGAGACUUAAUAAACAGCAACUGUCAAAUUUUGUCAGAUUCUCAAUCAGAUUGAGGUCUGGGCUUUGACCGGGCCAUCUAGGUUCUUGUUUCUAAACCAUUCCAGUAUAACUGGCUGUGUGUUUGUAGUCAUUGCCCUGCUGGAAGGGAAACCUCUGUCCCAGUCCAGAUCCCUUGUGACUUGAACCAGGUUUUCCUCUAGUGUUGCCCCAUAUGUGGGUCCAUCCAUCUGGGACUAGUUUCCCAGCCACUGCUGAGGAAAGGCAUCUGCACAGCCUGAUAGUGCCACCACUGUGCCUCCCCAUGGGGCAAUGUGCACUGUUGGCUUUGUAUCACAGUCUGGCAGCAAGGCCAAAAAUGUGCCUCCCACAUGCCUCUCUGAAAAUUACAGAUGGGCUUUGAUCAUUGGUGUGCUUCAGCAAUGGCCACUUUUUCAUGAAGCCCAGCUAUGUGAAGUGGAUGAGUGAGAACUAUCCCCUGGACAGUGUCACAGUGUGGAAAAGCCAAAGGGAGGCCACUACUCUGCAAGGCACUGUAAGCCAAAUGCCUGGCUGCCUUCCUGAUUUGUAUAUGUCCAGAUUGAGGCUACUGUAAGGAUACUGUAAGUGCAUUCAUCUGAAUGUGCUUACAGAACUCCUGUAAUUCAGUUGUGCCUUUCUAAGCCAUUCUCUUCCUGCUUUAAUUCCACUCACAUGCAGACAAGAGCUUGCAUAAGUGUUACAUUUCAAAAGUGUGGGAGGACACCAUGGAAAAGCAGCUUUUAAAAAAAAAUCUAGCAAAUGUUUGAAGCACUGUCAGACAGCAGAAUGCUGAUACUAAGGGUAACUGAUUGGUAACAGAGCAUUGGUCUUACCUUUAAGUUGGUCCUUGUAGCUGAAGCUUUGCUGUGAGGCAGAGCAGGAACUAGUACGCUGCCACCUCUGCUGAGCAAUAGCCAGAAGAGGGCAGAAGCAUGAGCUUACCCUCAGCUGCCAUCUGAGUCAUAAUAAUACCAUGUGUGGUUGCUGCUGCCUCCUCGUGUUGUCUUUUCAGUAGCAAUGCUCCUGUGUCGUGCUUGUCUAGCCAAAGCCUGCCUCUGACAGCUGCCAGUAAGGCUAUAUGGUCCUUCACAGCAGUAUGUGUCAGUGGGUUAGGACUGGGGAGAAACGGGAGAACACAACUGCAAAUUUGGUCUAGGUGAGUGGCCAUGGGGCUUCAGUGUUUGGGGAAGAAUUUCUCGAAACUUUUUCCUAAACUGUUACUCCAUAAGCAUGCAAAGCUGACUCUGCUCUUCUGCACUGCAAUGCAUACUAAGCAGAGGGAUUCAAAGGAAGGUCUCAAGCUGCCUUCAAAAGAAGGCCUCAAACUUCUCAAGGUCCUCGAGAAGUUGGUAGAGUAGCUGAAAGCAGAAUCUCAUUUGCUUUCUCUGCAGACAUGUACAGAUACUGAUUUGUAGAACUAUCGUUUUUUGUAUGUUGACAGAAUCACCUGUCUCUUGUUUUGUUAGUUUCAACUACUGUAAAUACCAGUUUUGGUUCAAAAAAUAAAAUGUAUACCCCAUGCCUUUGAAGAUGGCAUUAAUCAGAUCUGCAACAUUAAAACUUGUGCACAAGC